UAAUGAGUAACCACAACUGAACACGCAACGACAACAGUCUCAACUAAUGUAUAAAAGGACAAUGUUGUGGUAGCUAAAAUGCACAGUCAGUUUCAAGUUCCUUCUCAGUUUCAAGCUUCUCCGCCAGCAUCGAACAUUUCAUUAGUAGCUGAUCAACAUGUCUUUAACUAUGCUUACUUUGGUUGCUGUUGUUUUGAUGGCUUUCGUCAGCCCAUCUUUUUCGUAUUCGGAUACUUAUUCCAACACUCCGUCAUACUCUUACGCUUACCAGAUCUUGGAUACUUACUCCGGCCAGGAUUUUGGUCAUGAAGAGGCCGGCAAACAAGGCAAAGUGAACGGUGAAUACCGUGUCCUCUUGCCCGACGAUCGCCUUCAAGUUGUGAGCUACUCUGCGGAUCAAAAUGGAUACGUAGCCGAUGUGCAGUACGCUGAUGGCUCAACAAGUCCAGCUUAUGGCAGAGGCAACGCUAAUGGUUACUCAGGAUCGGAUGGUUAUGCAUCAGGAGCUGCUUCAGUCAAGACUUCGUCCUACUUUAAUCCACCAACCAGCAACGGUGGAUAUGGAGGAGGCUCAGCUGCUAAUGGUUACGGUGCUGGCAACUUCAACAACUAUCAGAACGGUGGUGGUCUAGCUGGUCAAGGAGUAUACCAACAAGCUUUCAAGUCCGGUUGUGUCUGCCAAUGUCCAGCGUAAAUAGCGAUCGUGCAGCCGAAUUGGGUACUUAACGUGCACUUUUAGACUUAUGUGACUAUGCUCAUCUUUGCACGCAGAAGGAAAGAAAAAUAUGCUAGAUCAAAUAAUUAUUUAUUGAGGGAACUUCUGUGUUUGUAGCAUAAGGAUAUGUUGUUCUCUUCAUACUAUACAGCUUAAUAAAACAAUGCGAAUUUUAAUUCUUAAA